AUGUUUACUGGUUACGGAAAAUUCGUUGGCCAAGUAUCAUUGGAGGUCGGCCCUUCUGUUCCACCUUUAAUACAGUCUCCUCGUCGUGUUCCGAUCGCCAUGGGAAACAAGAUGAAGAAAGAGCUAGAGUCAUUGGAGAAAGAGGAAAUGAUCGUGAAGGAAUCCAGACAUACCGAAUGGGUGAGCAAUAUAGUGAUAGUGCAACGAGGUGACCCGGAAUCCGCUAGCAUCAGAAUUUGCCUUGAUCCUAUUCCGCUCAAUAAGGCGCUAAAGAGACCGAAUCUUCAGUUUGCUACACUGGACGUAAUUCUCCCCGAGCUGAAAAAGGCUAAGACUUUUUCCACGGUUGACGCAAAGAAAGGGUUCUGGCACGUAGAGCUCGAUGAACCCAGCAGUAAACUUCUCAGCAAACAUUAA